GAUGAGGUCAAUGCUCUGGUGUUGGACUUAGGAACACACAGUUGCAAAGCGGGUUACGCGGGAGAUGACACACCCAAGGCGGUUUUUCCGUCGGUAAGUGCGUUAGUCGCGUGUUCGUUAAAAUUUCAGAUGGUGGGGAUUCAUCCCGGUGCCAACGGCUCCAUGGAGGUGGACGGGCCCAACGCCGGUCGGCGGCUCUCGGUGGGCUACCAGGCCCUCAGCGGCAAGCAGCUGGGCAUGGAGGUGAUGUCCCCCUUCGGUGCGGACGAUCUGUACGGCGAUUGGGACAUGGUGGAGGCAGUCUACAACCACGCGCUCAGAGAUCGUCUGGGUGUGCGGCCCGAGGAGUUUGCGCUCAUGCUCGCGGAGCCCACCCACAAUACCCGGGGCUCCCGGGAGCGGCUGGUAGAGCUGGUGUUCGAAACGUUCCAGGCACCUGCCAUGUUCGUGGCCAAGAACGCCAUGCUCAGCGCCUUUGCCACCGCCAGGCAGACCUCGCUGGUUGUGGAUGUAGGAUAUCGGGCGGCAACAGCGGCGGCCGUACAGGACGGUUACGUGCUUCAGAAGACUGUCACGCGGACUCCUCUCGCUGGCCAGCUCCUGAACCACGCCGCACAGGCGGUAGCGGAUGCGAAGUACACGCCCCUUCGCCCGCGCUUCGCAUUCAAGCGCCAGGAGACGAACCCCGGCGAGUUCCAGGUGGUGCCCCAGGACAUCAGCGGCGUCACCAACAGCUUCCGCAUGUACCACCUAGAGCAGGUGGCAUCCGACUUGAAGGAGGGCGUGUGCCGUACCAGCGAGACCAGGUUCUUCGAGGCGGAGGGGGUCAACCCAGUGCCCACAGUCGUGUACGAGCUACCCGAUGGCCAGGAGCUCUACCUGGGCCCGGAGCGCUUCCGAAUGACGGAGCUGUUCUUCCAGCCGGCGGUGGCCACAUGUGCUUCUCCGCCCCCUCCCCCCCUGCCCGCAACUCCCGCCUUUCCAGAGACGGUGAUUGACGCGGUCAACAAGUGCGAUGUGGACCUCCGUAAGGACAUGUACUCGGGAGCCAUACUGGCUGGCGGCACCUCCCUCAUCCCGGGUUUGAAGGAGCGUCUGGAGAAGGAGCUCUCGGAGCUGUCCCCCCCGGCGGCCAAGGUCAAGAUGGUGGCAGCGGCGAACAGUCUAGAGAGACGAUUAAGCACUUGGAUUGGCGGCUCCAUCUUGUCCAGUCUGGGCUCCUUCCAGCAGCUGUGGAUGUCGCGCAAGGAGUACGCGGAACACGGGGCUCCGCUCAUCAACAGGAAGUGCCCGUGA